ACAACAACAAUGUUGUGUUGUGUUGUUCCCGGCGCAGUCAGUUUCGAAUUUGCCAUGGCGGCGAAGAGUAGCAGUGACUCGUUGAACGGUGUGUGCCUGUCCGAAAACGAACCGACCGUCCUUCUAACAGGGUUCGGUCUGUUCCGAGACUACGGUCACAAUUCGAGCAAUGAAGUUGUCAAGGCCCUCGCCAAGACUGGUAUCCCUGGAACGAGGCUCGUGACGAAGGAAGUUCCAGUAGAGUACGACACUGUUUCAAGCGUUGUGCCUCGAUUGUGGGAAGAGUUCAAGCCUGAUCUUGUGGUCCACUGCGGCAUGGACGCCACCACACGGAACUUGGUUGUGGAGAGUCAAGCGCACAAUAGCAGCUACUGUGCUGCCGACAACAAGGGUGCCGUACCAAAGCAGGGCCUCUGCUGUGGGGUGUCUCCGCAAAAUGAACGACUCAGUACCUGCUUCGACCUUGUUGCACUCACUGAGAAGCUUAAGACAGCUGGCUGCCCAGUUCCCGUUGAGACGUCAAACGAUGCUGGCAGGUACCUGUGUGAGUUCAUCUACUUCACCUCGCUCAGGAUCAGUCCUUGGACCGUCUUCAUCCAUGUGCCACCUAUAGAUGAGCCUUACAGUGUUCAACAGCUUGCCUGCACGGUCAGCACUAUCAUAUUGCAGCUCCUCGAGCAGAAAAAGAGCGUGGCCAAGUCUACUGUCUCUGAUGCGAAGGUUGAGAAAAGUCAAAGUCAGGAGAAGCAGGCUAUUGCAGCGUGGAGCAAUGAAAGCAGCUGUUCGUCGUAACGAUGCGUAUUGUUAUACGUAUGCAAACUUUGUACUGUACGAUCACAGUUAACCGCUUGGGCAUGCCUCUAUAAGGUAGUAAUGGUAUGAGCCUGGAACCAUGUUGAAUGAGCACGCGUUAGUAUAGAAAGCGUGCCUCAUUCUUACUUUAGCGGCUCCUUCUGCGAUAAUUUUGCGCUUUCUGGCAUUCUGUCUUCGCCGAACGUAGAAGACACUGCUGUAGAACUUUUUAAGCUCUUUUAGGUACAAAGCCUACUCUUGGGUUUUUUUCUUUCAUUUUCUUUGAAGCUCAGUAUUGCUUGACUUUUAUAUGUUGUCUGAUUGAAGGUUUUAUUCAUGAGCUCGUUGCAGUUAAUGUGACAAUGACGUUAAGAACCGUGUUUACUUUUUGUGCAAUGUCUAGUUGAACGUUUGCGGAAUGCAGCUGUUACAGGCCAGGGUACAGUCCUCUUCUUGCGGCUCAGCACCUUAACUGCUAAGUUUAUUGAAAUGUUGAACUAGUGACUAUUUACUGGUCUUACGGUGUUACUGUGUUCAGAGAGAUUUCAUCUUUUCCAAGUUUCUGGUCGUCACUGGUAAUGUGGCAUAAAGCUUUUUUUUUUUCUUUUUUUCGCGUGUUAAUGCUUCACUAUAUACUCUGACAUUGUUCAGCACAUGCUGCUUCGAUGCUGUUCAGAUCUCUCAAGUCAGUGUCAUGAAAAACUUGCCAAUUGUAUUCAAAAGUGAUUGUCACUCCAGUUCUAAGCAUUUGUUGCUUCGUUAGGUCAGGCCACAAGCCCAGCUCAAAGUAAAGAGUCGGCCAGUGUCUCACAAUGCCGUGAUCGCUGAGUUGCAGCUCUGCCUGUGUUUUAUACAAAAAAAAAAAAGAAUGCUGAGCAAUUAUGUAUAUCAUAGGCUUACAUGAAUGUUGGGCUACAAUGCCAUGCUGUGUGUGGUUUUUAAUACGCUAGGUGUGUGCAAGUGUCAAAUUUGAAUGUAUGGUUUCAUUUUUAUGUAUACAUAGGUAACCUAAUCCUAUCUAUUAUAUCUGUAGUAUCAUAAACUGGGAAGGUUUCGUUUUUUUUCCUGUAGCAACCAUUUGACUAUUACUGUCGUGAAUGUGUACUGCCUGUUACAGGCACAUGUUAUGAAUUUUAGUUACAGGGAACCUGCUUACUGCACACUACCUUAUUUUUGUACCUCAUUUGUGUUUUAGAUCCGCUGUGAAUUUGUUAUGUGCAGUGAGGGCCGUGCUCUAUUCGUUCAGCUGCUUCUAUUUUUAUUGGAAUACGUUAUCCUUCAGCUAUGUUUUGUAACGUUUUAUUGGAGCACUACGCAUUGUACCUUAUUUUCAAACAUGUCACAUUGCUGUGAAGGUGAACAGCUUAGUACCCGAGGCAUGAAAUAAAGAUUGAACGCUUCAUUGGACGAACUUGUGCCCAGAAAAGAAGAGAACACUCAUAGUGGAGCAAUAGCAAUGAGCCCAGUCAUUCGUUGCCAAAAUCUGAUCUGCAGAUGUACCGCAUUGGUUAUUUAUGCAUGAGUCACAGUAUAUUCCACCAUAAUCACUGGUUCUCACGUACAUUCUAGAUUGUCUCCACUGAUGAUGUCAUGCAAGCAAUCUGAUUAGAACAAUUGAAAGCAUUAGAGAAGGUUCCCACAUUCCCGAUACAACCAGGUGCCGUCUGCACCGAGCGGUGACACAUGUAGCAGUUUUAGCCGGUGAAACACUGUCUGUGUGAAAAAAAAAGAUGAGUAUGCAGUUCAGUAUAUACAUUUCAAUGCAUUUUAGUGUUUGUAUUGCAUCAAACAUCAGCUGAGCCUACAGUUGUCAGUGGAAAUAUUGAAGUGACAGUGGCAAUGAGAAUUUCUGUUGUGUGAUGGGUAACAAGUGUUAUAGAGAAGAGUGCUAACGGUUGUAACGGGAAUAGAUAAUUGUACUUGCAGUGAUAUUUAAGUUCGUUUUCUGCCAACAGUUCCUCAAGCCUUCUUCCUUCACAAUGAAAGUGGAAUAUAUAUCAAGGGGCUCGUUUCUUUUUUUAGACACAACCUAACGGAGUGAACAUACAAAGAAGCCAAGGAAAUUAUAUGGGACAUUUUGGUAAUCUUGAACUGUAGCGUUAGUAAUUGUGACAUAAAUGAGAAUAAAAUUGAAGUGCACAAAAAGACACCUUUGCCGUUGGUGGGUUCUAAACCCAUAACCUUUGAAUUAUAUCUCCUUAUCAGCUGCCAGCUCGUAAAAAGAUCACGUGCCGCAUGAUACCUCCUGGAAAAAAGAGUGCUCCACACAUAGGGGAUGUUAUUUGUAGUAAUUGUGAUGUAAGCGUGAAGAAAUUAAAGUGGACGAAAAGUGGUCUCGUUCUGGCACACUUCAGGCCUACAGGUAGUACGCGCGGGAUUAUUGGUCAGCUGUCAGCUCGUAAAAAAGAUGGUGUGCUACGUGACUCCAGCAGGCAAAAAAAAUAGUGUUCCACACUCGCUGUCCUGGCUACAUGCAGCGCUUGCUAAAACUCCCUGGACACGCGCUGAAAUACCGAACAAAAUGGACGAGGGAAUGCCUACCAUUGUAGCUCCAUUGGUAGAGCAUCGAACACGUAAUUCGAAGGCUGUGAGUUCAGGCCCCUUUGACGGCAAAGAUGUUUUUUUCAUCCACUUUAAUUAAUUUCCAGUUAUGUCACAAUUACAAUGUUACAGUUGAUUACAUGACCCCCCAUGCUUUCCUUGGCUUCUUUGUUGGCCUCUUUAAAUUCCUUCAGUGUGUAUCACGAUCUUUGACACAGUGACACGAGCUCUUCACCUCGUCAAGUGGCCUUUCCAACCACCAAAGCAUCUCCACGUGUCUAACCUAGUCUAUUACUAAUCAUGCAGCAUCAAUUGCUGUGCAUUACGUGCCAUAUGAGACUGCUGUAUUUGUUUAUAUUUUCUUUUUUCACUUGAGUGUUUAUGUAAAGGCUGUAACUGUUUGACGAUGUUCUUGAAAGUGAAGCUUUCUUGCUAUGCAUUCCUUUCAUGAGGCAAAGUGAAAUAAA